GCAGCCGCAGUUGUAAAGGGAUAUGCGCGCCGUGUAGAACACCCAGAGAACAAGUAUAGGCUGUGUAGGUGCAUUGUAAAUAUACUAUUAGGAGAUUUGUUGCAACUAUCUUGGCUAUUGGAAUAAAUAGCAUUAUAAAACAUCUAAUUUCAAGAAAUAUUAAAAUAAAUUAUACCAGAAGCAAGAGUCGGUCUGCCAAAAACGCCUUUUACAUAUGUAGGCAUAAGCUUAAAUAGGUGCAUAUAGAUAUAUCUAUAAUGUUUAUUUAUAUGGUUGUGCCGCAGCCUGCUUAAAUGAAACGCCAAAGUUUGCAGCAGUUAAGAAACAACAACAACCACAGUGAACGACUCGUGCAGCCAUUUAUGUAGAUAUUCGUUGCAUCUGCGUAAUCCGCUUUAAAGGCUAUUCCGUACGCGCCGAAGCGGUCCCGGAGUUCAAGUGCGCGACUGAAUGAGUGACGCAUGCGCGAGUACAAAAACUAACUAAAUACCAACAAAAUCCAUAUAUGUACAUAUGCAUGUAUGUACAUACAUAUGUAUAUCAAGUAAGAAGGAGAAAAAAAAUCGUGUGAUUUAUUUUGAGUGUUAAAUAAUAUAACUCUUGCUUUUAUUGGUGUAAUUUUGUUUAGAUGAUGUGUUUUUUAAUGCAUAAUAUACUUAUGCAGUGUUCUGCAAUUUAAUAAAAUUUACCUGAAUCGUUACAUAUGUGUAUUUGAAAGCAAUCCAAACAAGGAAGCCACUCACGAAUAUAAGCAUUUAGAUUUCCAAUUUGCAUUAUUUUGGGCAGUGAAAAGUUCAAAAUGUUCCCCUAUUCAGGACGACAGCGGUUACGCACGCCAGCUGCCCUCUUGUCGGGCCCAACAACCAACCUUUUAAUAACAACCAUUAAAUUUUCAAUAUGUCUGAUAAUGCUGCAAGUGGCAACGGCAUUGACGGAGUAUACACAUUCGCACCAGCACCAUCACCGACAUCAACAACACGCCAGCUUUAUAACGACUUCCACAGCCGCAGACAUCGCGAAACAUGUCACCAGUAGCAGCAGCACCACCGUUCCGACAGCGGGUAUUCAGCACACCAAUUGGCGCCGCAUAGAAAUGAUGGAUGCCAAUGGCCUAUACUGGCUGGAGUGGUGGCUUCAAGGGUCUACAUCGCAGGAGAUAUUCUUCCGUGUCACCGUCAAUACACGCGGCUUCAUUGGACUCGGCUUUGCGCGAAAGAGUCCCCGCAUGGCCAAUGCUGAUUUGGUAUUGCUUUGGGUCGAUGAUCGAACCGGCAAAGCGAAUGCGCUG